AAACACAUUUAUAAAUUUUUCUGAUGAAUUAAUGCUUGUUUUUGGUGAACCAUUCAAUAUAACAGGUGAUCUUCAUUACACAAAUGAAGAAGUAAUUGUUCGUCAAAAAAUGAUGGCUUAUUGGACGAAUUUUGCUAAAUAUAGUAAUCCAAAUCAAGGACAUGAUACACAAUGGAUAAAUGAAUGGCGUCCUUAUAAAUGGCCAAGUCGAGAACAUAUUGUAUUAAAUAUUGAUUUAAGUAGAAGUCAUUCCCCUGAACAUGGUUCAGCUCAUCGUGCUGAUUAUUGUUCAUUUUGGUUAGACUUUAUACCUAAAUUAACAAAUGCUAAUUAUAUUGAAGAUGGACUACGAUGGAAACAAGAAUUUCGUCAAUAUCAAGAACGAACACAACAAUGGGAUUAUUAUUAUGGAAAAUAUUUAGAAUUACUUGAAAAAAAUCGAGAAAAACUUUAUAAUUGUCUUGGUUAG